AUGGAUCCCUUGUUUUGGCCAUCAGAAGCUAACAGCUUUCGGCGUUUCACCCCCGAGUCCUUGGCAGCGAUUGAGGAAAGAAUUGCUGAGAAAAAAAAGGAGCGAGCCAAAGUUAACCAGAAGAAUAAGGACCAAGGAGUUGAAGAAGAAAAACUUACUCCUCAGCUUGAUCUGAAAACCUGUAAAAAACUGCCAUCUCUGUAUGGAGAUGUUCCUGUGGAGCUCAUUGGGGAACCCCUGGAAGAUGUUGAUCCAUACUACAGUGAUCAUAAGACCUUUAUGGUGAUAAAUAAAAGGAGGACUAUUUUCCGAUUUAGUGCCACACCUGCCCUGUGUGUAUUUAGUCCUUUUAAUCCAUUCAGAAGAGCAGCAAUUAAAAUUCUGACCCACUCAGUAUUUGUUGGCUUUAUUAUAUGUACUGUGAUACUCAAUUGUGCUUCCAUGGCUGUAAACAAGCUUCCAGAAAAUCUCAACUGGACUGAACAUAUUUUUACUGGCAUAUAUACUGGUGAAAUAAUGAUAAAAAUAUUAGCAAGAGGAUUUGUUUGGAAUGAAUUUACCUUUCUUCGAGAUCCAUGGAACUGCGUGGAUCUUGUCGUUAUUCUUGUCAUGUAUGUUACUUUGUGUAACACCACGAGCAAGUUUUCAGCUCUUCGAACUUUCAGGGUCCUGAGGACUUUGAAAGCUAUUUCAGUAAUACCAGGUCUGAAAGUCAUUGUAAAUUCACUUCUUGAGUCUAUUAAGAAACUUACUGAUGUGUUGAUCUUGACUGUUUCUUGCCUGAGUGUAUUUGCUCUGAUAGGCCUCCAGCUUUUUAUGGGCAAUUUAAAAUACAAAUGUGUCCUCAAUAACACUAUGUACAAUGACACACUCUGUAAGGAUGCCAAGAUUUAUGUUCCAAAUAGUAACGAUAUCUGCUACAGAAUGAAUAAAUCAUCUGAAAUAUUGCUCUGUGGGUUCAGUGCAGAUCGUGACAAAGAAUGCCCAAAAAACUAUAGCUGCCAGAACGUUGGGAAGAACCCUGACUUUGGUUAUACAAGUUUUGAUCAUUUUGGCUGGGCCUUCCUUUCUCUGUUCCGUCUGAUGACACAGGAUUGCUGGGAGCGUCUCUACAGACAAACUAUCCGUACAUCUGGAAAGAACUACAUUUUAUUUUUUGUAGUAGUCAUCUUUUUAUGUGCAUUUUAUCUCUUCAAUCUGAUCUUGGCUGUAGUAACUAUGGCAUAUGAAGAGCAAAAUAAAGCUACUCUUGCUGAAACACAGGCAAAGGAAAAAUUACUUAAAGAUGCCCGAGAAAUUCUAGAGAAAGAACAGAUGUGGGCUGCAGGAGAAACUAAGAAGGUCUUGGGUGUCAGUUCUGAAAUCUCAGUUGCUGACUUGAAAAAUUCAGAAGAAGAAAUGAAGAAUGAAAAACCUAUUGUAGGACAAAGCUCAGUUUCAGAUGAUCAUGGCAAAGAGGAGAAUAUUUUUCAUUCUCAGCCUGGUCAUUGCCAUAAGAAGCUUAAGCAGAUACUGCUGUCCUAUGAAUUGUCAGUGGACUCCAUUAAUGAUCCUUUUCGAAGACAGAGGUUAAUGAGUGCAGCUACUAUUAUUACAGAUAAUUUGCACCUGCAAGAGUCAAAAUUGAAGUGCCCAUCAUUAUGCAAACGUUUUGCUCAAAAGUAUCUAAUUUGGAACUGUCCAUUCUGGAGAGUAAUCAAAGAGAAGGUGAAAUUGGUAAUUUUGGAUCCAUUUGUUGAUCUCUUAAUCACAGUUUGCAUUAUUGUGAAUACCAUAUUCAUGGCUCUGGAGCAUCCUGACCUGGAUCCUACUUACCAAAGCAUGAUUUAUAUAAGUGACAAGGUCUUCACCUUGAUUUUUACAGCAGAAAUGAUCUUGAAAAUCAUUGCUCUAGAUCCUUAUAAUUAUUUUCAGCAAAAAUGGAAUAUUUUUGAUAGCAUAGUUGUUAUGGUUGGCCUAAUAAGCUUUGAAGCAAAUCUGUCAGCUUUCAGGCUGCUCAGGAUCUUCAAAUUGGCAAAGUCCUGGCCAGCCUUAAAUACUCUUAUGAAAAUAAUUCUAAACUCAGUUGGUGCUCUGGGUAACCUGACUCUGGUUUUGAUUAUCACUGUAUUUAUUUUUGCUGUAGUAGGGAAGCAGGUUUUGGGCAAUUUUUAUGCAGAUAAUUAUCUUAGAAUAAACACUGAUGGGGAUUUACGCUGGCAUAUGAAGGACUUUUGUCAUUCGUUCCUGAUUAUAUUCCGAAUAUUAUGUGGAGAAUGGAUCGAAACCAUGUGGGAAUGUAUGGAAGUGGCUGGAAAAGGGCUGUGUCUUCCCAUUUUCUUGCUAGUCCUGGUGAUAGGAAACCUGGUGGUGCUCAACCUGUUCAUUGCCUUGCUGCUGAGCUCGUUCAGUACUGACUCCUCGACGGGACAAGAGGAGCCUGAACAGAUGACUAAGUGUCAGAUCGCCAUCGCACGGAUUCACAGGGGUCUGCAGGCUGUGAAAGGCACAAUUUGGGAUCGUUGUGGCAAAAUAAUGAAACCGAGCCUCAAAGCAACAGCCAAAAAGCAGAAUUCAGUGAAAAUAGCUGCCAAAGGCAUAGAGGAAAAUAAUUAUGCCAUGACAGAUGUCAGAAAGGAUAGAGACAAUUGCUUUGACAUUGAGUAUUAUGACACUGAAGAGAAUUCCUCAGUUACAAGGAAAUAUGAGCAAGUUUUAACCAGUUGUAGUAUUUCUGUUCCUAUUGUAGUAGCAGAGACUUCCUCUCAGGAAGGUGAUGAUAAGCAAAGUGUACGCACAGAAAUAGAGUAUGCAAAACAGGGAGACAGAUUAAGAAAGAGAGGGCACUGCCGGACUUCAAGUGGCUUCAGUCAGGUUUCUGGGACUUCUGGAAGUAUAAGUGGUUUUUCAGAAACAUACCAAAAGGAAGAGCAAAAAGAGAAAAGUGAUGCUGGUAGCUAUUCUGAAGCCAGCACUGUGGAUCCAGUUAGUUUUCUGGAGUUGUUUCCCCAGCCUAAAAAGUUACUUCUACCAAAGGACUGUUGUGCAGAAAGUUGUCUUGUGUGUUCCCCAUGUUGUGCAGUGGAUAUCACUAAGUUUCCAGGCAGAAUGUGGUGGAGAUUUAGAAAAACCUGUUACAGAAUUGUUAAACACAGCUGGUUUGAAAAUUUUAUCAUUUUUAUAAUAAUAUUGAGCAGCGCAGCACUGGCAUUUGAAGAUAUUCACCUGCAGGAGAGGAAAAACGUGAAAAUGCUCCUAGAGUAUGCUGACAGAGUAUUUACCUACAUCUUUUUCAUGGAGAUGCUUCUGAAAUGGGUGGCUUAUGGUUUGCACAGUUAUUUCACAAACGCCUGGUGUUGGCUUGACUUCAUUAUUGUGUGUGUAAGUAUAUGCAGCUUAGUGCAAAACACAUCAUCACCGUGUUCCUCUGAGAGUGCCUUGAAAUCUCUCAGGACUCUUAGAGCAUUGAGGCCUCUACGAGCUUUGUCAAGAUUUGAAGGGAUAAAGGUUGUUGUGAAUGCACUCUUGGGAGCUAUCCCCUCAAUCUUGAACGUUUUGCUUGUCUGCAUUGUCUUCUGGCUCCUAUUUAACAUCACAGGAGUAAAAUUACUUGCAAAAAAAUUUUCAAAAUGCGUACUCGAGACAGGAAGUGUGAAAGACAUUGAAAACAGAAUUGAUUGUACCACCCGUGGUGGAACAUGGACAAACAGUGAUGUAAACUUUGAUAACGUUGGGAUGGGAUACUUGGCUCUUCUCCAAGUGGCAACUUUUAAAGGUUGGAUGGAUAUUAUGUACGCAGCAGUGGACUCACGUGAUGUAGAUGAACAGCCUAAAUUUGAAGCAUUCUUAGCCAUGUAUAUGUAUUUUGUGAUUUUCAUUAUUUUUGGAUCUUUCUUCAUGCUGAACCUUUUCAUUGGAGUAGUUAUCAGCAAUUUUAACCAACAAAGGAAAAAGAUAAGUGGAAAAGAUCUAUUUUUGACUGAGGAACAGAAAAAGUACUAUAAUGCUCUAAAAAAACUUGGAUCCAAGAAACCUCAAAAACCCAUCCCAAGACCAUCGAACGCAUUCCAAGGAGUGCUGUUUGAUAUGGUGUCACACAAAGCAUUUGACAUUACCAUUGUGACUUUCAUCUGUCUAAACAUGAUCGUUAUGAUGGCAGAAAAUAACCAGACUGACAUUAAGGAAGUUCUUAAUAAAAUCAACUUUUUUUUUGUGGCAGUUUUUACUGCAGAAUGUGUCAUAAAAAUACUGGCCUUGAGACAUUACUUCUUCACCAGUGGCUGGAACAUAUUUGAUUUAGCUGUUGUGAUCCUUUCACUAGUUAGCACUGGGCUCUCUGAAGGCUUCAGGACAGCGUUCUCCCCCACCCUGCUGAGGAUUUUCCGCCUGGCACGAAUCGGCCGUAUCCUGAGGUUGAUCCGAAAGGCCCGAGGGAUCCGGACCCUGCUUUUUGCACUGCUGAUGUCCCUGCCUGCUCUCUUCAACAUCGGCCUCUUGCUCUUCCUGGUUAUGUUCAUUUAUGCUAUUGUGGGCAUGACAAACUUUGCCUGUGUUGGCUGGGAAAGUGGGAUUGACAAUCUUUUCAAUUUUCAAACCUUUGAGGGUAGCAUGCUCUGUCUCUUCCAGAUUACAACAUCAGCUGGCUGGGAUGGUCUUCUGGUCCCUCUCUUAAAAGGUUCUAAUUCAUGUGCUCCAAACUUAAAUUUAACAAUUGAACAGAGAAGCAAUUGCACAAAUAAAGGGGUUGGGAUUUUGUUUUUUGUAAGUUAUGUCAUUAUAUCAUUUCUCAUUGUUGUGAAUAUGUACAUUGCUGUCAUUUUAGAGAACUUCAGUGUUGCCACUGAAGAAAGCACAGAUCCUCUUUGUGAGGAUGACUUUGAUAUGUUUUAUGAAACCUGGGGCAAAUUUGAUCCUCAGGCAACACAGUUUAUUGAGUAUUCUGCUCUUUCAGACUUUGCAGAUGCUCUGGCAGAACCUUUACGGAUUCCAAAGCCUAAUAAAAUGCAGCUUAUAUCCAUGGACCUCCCUAUAGUUAGUGGUGAUAAGAUCCACUGCUUGGAUAUCUUGCUUGCUUUCACUAAAAGGGUCUUGGGAGAAGCUGGAGAUUUGGAUGGUCUUGAAUUACACAUGGAAGAAAAAUUUAUGGCUGCCAAUCCAUCUAAAGUUUCUUACAAGCCAAUUACUACUACUCUUAAAAGAAAACAAGAGGAGGUAUCAGCUUGUGUUAUUCAAAGGGCCUUCAGGAGGUAUUUGAAGCAGCAUUCUUUUAAAACUAAAUCUUUCUUAUACCGUCAUAAGCAUUAUAACAGUGCUGUCUUUGAAGAGGAAACACGUGAGAGGGAAAGUCUUAUGGUAUCAAUUCUUCCUGAGAAUAGUGGUAGGAAGCUGGAUAAAUCACGGACUACUUCUUCCAUAUCUCUCCCUUUAUUUUAUGAUGGAAUUGCUGAAACAGAUAGUGGUAAUGUGGACACAUAA